CCCCAUUCGAAUUUACUUGGCUCCUAAGAGAAAAGAACCGAUCAGAACAAAGAAAGAGAGGAAGGAGAGAGCAGUUCGCAGUUUUCGUCACUGUGCGUAGGGUUGACUGUUCAGCCCAUAUCUUGAGCUUCACUCGUUCAAAUCAGGCGUGUGAGGUGUCCAGAGAAAGAUCUUAAAACAAGGAUUCUGGAAUGGUGUAGAUCGCGACGAUCGGAGUUGAGGAAGGCUUCCAAAUCUGCGUUUGAAAGUACGACCCUGCAGCAGGGUUUCUUCUUCUCUAGGGGUGAGUUGAACCCGAAAACUUCCUUUUCUUUACAUAGAUCGUAUGUAAGGUUUAGGAGGCCAUUCCACUUUGUUCUUAGGGUAGAAUGUAUUCAUGAAAUAUUAGACAUGUGAGUUUAAAGGUUAGGCACUAACCUUAAAUGAACCUUGAACGGUUAGGAAGUAAACUUGCCGGGGAACACCUCUUCAAGAGGACUGUUUAGUUUCGUGGCAGGAGGGUGGAGCCAGCUGCUGAGAGCCGGCUGCUGAGCCAGCUGCUGAGAGAAGGCUGCUGCCCACUCAUUUUUUUUAACGCAAGGAGUUAGCUCGCAACCUUCCUUGGCCGAGCCUUGAUCGUUGGAGCGUGAAAGGAAGUCUAAAGCUCUUUAAGGUUGAGGCUAGAGCUUGCUUCCUGUGCUCGUUGCCCGAGUGAUUUCCCCGGAGAGAAGACUUGGUUCGUUCUUCCUCCAUUCAGUUUUAGAACAUUAAUAAACAUGCUCAUGGAUAUUUUACUUUAGAGCCUGCGUGCUCAUGUUUGCCCUGUGUGGCCCUUGGUUUUAAACAAUGUUUUCCGCUGCGUAUUGAAUUGCUUAUUAUGUAUGUUUAUGGAUGACUUAUGUGUGAAUGAUAUUCAUGACGCCUUGUAUAAUAUGAAUGUGUUGGACUGCGGUUGACUAUUCGUAUUGUACGGCGGGUUGUUGACGUGUCCGGGGAGGUCCGGGGCGUGACAAUUAAGUUGGUAUCAGAGCCUUAGUCCAUAAACUUCGUAAUGAAGUCUCAAAAUUCUCUUUUUGAAAAGAUUUUGAAAACCAUGAGCAUAGAAGUUUUGUACUUGGAGAGCUUUUGGUACUUGGGUUGCAAGGUCUCUAAUUGUUAAGAUGGUACCCUUAGCAAUUGGUAUGGCGGUGACUCGAGCCAAAAUGUGUCUUAAGUACCUAUCCGUCAAUUGACAUUUGAUACGAGUCUAACGACUCCUUCCCAAUUUCUUUCAGAAAUGGACCGUGGUGGCAGGAUUACUAGGAGAAACCCGACCGGCCGUGUACCAGAGGAGACUGGACAGGGCAGUCAAAGGACCUCUAGGGCAUCUAGAGGAGCUGGCCGUGGAGGCCGAUCACAGACCGUGAGUGACGGUCAUGUCGACACAGAAAGUGAAACCUACUGGUCCCAUGAGGACUCGACUUACCAACCGGGGACCGAGCCGGUUGAGACCCCUUACGAAGGGGAUGACGAUGAUGUGAGCGAUGAAGAGGGGGAGAAUGACUCCCUAGCAAGAAUAGAGGCGCUGCUCCAACAAUAUCACCGUGAGCGUGAAGAGAGGAGGGAACGCCGAAGGCGCCGGGCUGGGCAACCUUCGGGCAUGGCUUCACGAGGAGGAAGUCAUGGUGCAUCUAGAGUCCAUGUGGAACCACGUGGAGGCCAAAAUGAUGGAGGUCCAAUCAUAAGGAUUUCCAAGUACAUCAAAGAAGCAAGAGAUUUGGGGUGCAAACCCUUUGAUGGAGCAGGGGACAUUUCAGUGGCAGCACAAUGGAUCAAGAGGCUAAAUGAAGCGGCCCUUGACAUGCAAAUCGCGCCGAAUCUCAAACUGAGAAUUGCGGUAAGAUUGCUCGAGGGGAUGGCAUCCAAGUGGUGGGAUGGAACCAGGAACAAGUACGGUGAGACCGUCGUUUGGGAGGACUUCCAACGGGAGUUCUUUGCCCAAUACUAUUCUGAUUUCGAGGUGAAUAAGAAGGUGAGGGAAUACACCCUCCUAACCCAAGGGGGUAACAUGUCAGUGAAGGAGCUUGAGUACAAGUUCCGGGAUCUCGCCGACUACAUACCGGAGUAUGCUUGUGACGAGAACCGCAUGGUGAACCACUUUUGGGACGCUCUUGACUUGGAGAUACGUGAUAGGGCAACGCAAUUGCCUAAUAUGACUUUCGCCCAAGUGGUUGAACAAGCAUUGAAAGGGGAGAAACAGUGGGAGGAACGGAAGAAGAGAGACGCCGAAGAGGCGAAGAAGAGAAAAUGGGAGAGUCAUGGCUCCCAAGGUUCCAACAAAAGGGGGAACCACGGAGGAGGAUCUUUCCGGGCACCACCGCCACCAUCAAGGGGGAACCAAGGCCCAAGUGGGCAAGGCUCGAGGUCACAGACCUCAGUGGUAACUCGUUGCAACAAUUGCAAGAGGAACCAUUCCGGUAAAUGUCGCGACCCCCCUAGAUGUUUCCAAUGUGGGGAUGCCGGGCAUUUGAAGGCACAUUGCCCACAACUGGGCGAGGCAAGGACAUCGGGACCAAGUAGUGGCCCGACGGGUACACGGAAUCAGACCGGGGCUUCUCAAGCAAGCAGGGGGCAAGGGGGAGCAAGUGCGAGCAACGCGCCAUCCGUGAACCAAGGGAGGACCCAGGCUAGGGUCUAUGCGAUGACGGAGGCGGAUGCUCAAGCUAACCCGGACUCCGUCGCAGGUAUUGCCUCUCAUAUACUAGUGUUUUAUCCUUAAUUAGUCCAUGAAUUGAGGAUACUAAUCGCUAGGAUCAUUGCACGAGGUUUUGGGGUCGAACCGGGGGAUUUCGGGCAACUUCAGGCGGCUGGGACCCAGGCACGAUCGUGCCUACAAGGCAGUAGCUGCCCAGGGUUUUUCUCCAAACUAGGCACGAUCGUGCCUAAGGCAGACACGAUCGUGCCUCCAAGUCAGUGGUUCCCCGGAUUUUUCCAACCCAGGCACGAUCGUGCCUAAGGCAGACACGAUCGUGCCUCCAAGGCAGUAGCCCCAGGGCGUUUUCCUGAGCCAGGCACGAUCGUGCCUACCCCGGGCACGCCGUGCCUGGCACCCAGAUUGCCGAAACCCGAUUUUUUCGCAUCGUUUUGCGACGUUAAGGCCUCUUCUUGAUCCCUAACGUGCGUGUGAACAUUGCAACCUUCUAUAAAUGAGUAGGGAGGGUAGGAAAGAUGUCUUACAUGGUUCAUGAAUGUAGGGACACUAAAGAUUAACGGGAAGGAUGCACGAAUCCUUAUCGAUACCGGAG